CAAUAACAAAAAAAACCCUAGCUUCCUGCGGCUGCCCUUCCCCUCUCUCUGCCAGACUCUGCCUACCUUCCCCAGCCGCCACCUUCACGGCUGUGGUAGCCCUCCCUCACCGGCUCUCUCUCCUCUUUCCCUCAUCAUGUCGGCUGACAAAACUCCGUCUUCCUCCACCUCUGUCACGACGAAUCCCCCCCACCUUGCUUUUACUACCGUCUCAAACGUCAAACUUCAAGUUCCCGUUCUCUUGAGUUUUUCUGAACCCAAUUACAAAAAAUGGAGCCGUCUCUUCCUCUUACUAGUUCGACGAUCCAAUCUCGAAGGGUUUCUCACCGGCACAACCGUUCCCUCUAGCAAAGAUGACGUUGAAUGGAUUCAACUCGAUGCCCUAAAUCAAGGUUGGAUUUUGUCCACUAUUACGGACGAAGUCUCGGAUCUCAUCAUCUCCUCCACCACCUCCUCGGCCGAUCUUUGGAAGGCCAUCCAUCAACUAUUUCACGACAAUAAAGCCGCUCGAGCCAUGCAACUUGAACACAAGUUCUUUAGCACCACCAAAGGCUCGGCCUCUAUCACCGCAUAUUGUCAGAAUCUCCGCAAUAUCGCAGACUGGCUCGAUGACGUUGAUGCCCCAGUUACCGAAAAUCAGUUGGUUCUUCAAGUACUCCGUGGCCUCCCGGAAGAUCUCAGUGCUCGGGCCUCUUUCUUGCAGUUCCAAAAGCCUCCCCCCACCUUCUUAGAGACACGUUCGGCACUCCUCCUCCUCGAGCAGCAGCGGCAGACCACCGGAGACCUCACCGACCACUCCACGGCCUUGGCAGCCAUUGGCCAUCGUGGUGGUGGGCCGCGCGCAGGGCAACCAUACCAGCAUGGUGGCGGCGUCUCUCCCCACGGCAAUGGACAGGGUGGCAGCAGCGGCGGACGUGAGGGGCACUUCAGCGGCGGCGGCGGUUAUCGGGGCGGAAGGACCAAUCGUGGUCGUGGUCGUGGUCGCGGCCGGAAUAGUGGCGUGAACUAUCGGCUUCCCUACAGCAGCUUCGGCUCUUGGCAGAUCCCCACUUAUUCUAUCGGGCCGGCCCAGCCCACUGUGGUUUUCAACCCAAACAGCCCUCACACCCAAACCCCAACAGCCCUCACUCACCAAUUUGACACCUUGACUCUCCGCGAACCCACGUGGUUCAUGGACACCGGGGCAUCUCACCACAUUGCAUCUGAUCCAGGAUCCUCGGACGGGAGUCGUGAUCUAUCGGUCCAAUAAUGACGGCCCACUCUAUCCUCUGCGCCCCCCAGAUCCAGCCGCCCAUGUCAACGUUGCCUCCGUUGCUGAAACUUGGCACCGUCGUCUGGGCCACCCCAGCCCUGCAGUCCUUCAUGGAGUCCCCAGUCUAUCCCAUUUAUUUAAUAAACAAUUUAUGCACUC